AUGGAGAUGGAAGAGGGGCUCGAUCUGAGCCUGUCGCUGCGCCAGUACACGCCGCCGUGGUCGCAGCUGGUGUUCGCCUGCUCCUACUGCUCACGCAGCUUCAAGAACUCGCAGGCGCUCGGCGGCCACCAGAACGCUCACAAGCUGGCCAGGCGGGCCACGGCGCUCUCUUCAGCGGCGGCGGGAGAGCUCGCCAUCGAGAACCACCACAGCGCUCCGCCGCGCCCCGGCGCCCGCGCUUGGCGAGCAGGAUAUCGUCAGCAGGCGCGGCGCACGGGUACUGGUUCGGGGGCAACCUCGUCCGGGGCAAGAAGAGGCGACCAAGAGCUUGCGGAGGAGGCGAUUGACCUGUCCCUCAAGCUAUGA